ACGACUUGGCCACACACACACACUAAAAAAGAAAAAAAAACUAAGCGUUGAAAAUUGUGUGUAAUUGUUUGUAUCGAUCGGUUGAGAAGUGCCUCUCUUGUUUUCUGAUUUUCUCUCUCUUUUAUUGUUCUUUACACAUUCUUCUUCUACUUUGUUUUUGUUUUUGUUUUUGUUUUCUCACCUCCUUGUCUCUUCUUCCAUGGCCAUCGGUGAAAAUAAAAGAGGAGAUAUAUAUUUAAUUUAAUAUAAAUCUUAUAUUUGCGUAGGUGGUUGAUUAAUGAAGUUAUCGCCUCUGAGUUUCUCAACGCAAUCUAGUUUCAGUCACGGCGGAGAUGGCUACGACGACGGUGUGGAGUUAAGACCGUCACCAUCCACCGGCGGCGCAAUGCUGCCGGUUUUUCUCAACGGUUUGACUCGUGAUGGAGACUCUGGAAGCGGAAGCAGCUGGGAAAGAGAGCUCGUGGAGGUGACUCUGGAGCUCAACGGCGACGACUCCAUCGUCGUCUGCGGAAUGUCGGAGGCCACGUCUGAUUCUCAGCCGAGAUCGGUUAAUGUCUCGGGAAGGUUAACGAGGAGUCUAUCCACGACGCCGACGAGGAUCAGGCAGACGUUCGGGAGGUUACUAAGGUCGGAUUCAAUGAGACCAACGACUUCUUCAGUCUCCGCGACGGAGACGGGAAGGUUAACGAGGAGUCUAUCCACGACGCCUUCGAGGAUCAGGCAGACGUUCGGGAGGUUACUGAGGUCGGACUCGACAAGAACAACGACUUCUUCAGCCUCCCGGGAGAGAGAUUUGGAGCGUCAGACAGCGACGGAGACGACGGGGAGGUUAACGAGGAGUCUAUCGACGGCGUCUUCGAGGAUUCGGAAGACGAUUGGGAGGUUACUGAGGUCGGACUCGACGGCUUCUAGAGAUGUGGAGCGUCAGGGGGCGGCGGGGACAGAGACGCCGAUCAUGUCCGCGAGGGAUAUACGGAGGGAAAACGCAAUUCUACAGCGAUCAACGUCGAGCGCAAAGAGAGCGCUUAAGGGAUUACAAUUCAUCAACAAAACCACGAAAGGAAACAGCUGCAAUUGUGAUUGCGAUUGCGAUUGCGAUCAGAUGUGGAAGAAAGUUGAGAAACGAUUCGAAUCGCUUUCUAAAGAAGGGUUGCUUGCGCGAGAAGAUUUCGGAGAGUGCGUUGGGAUGAAGGAUUCGAAGGAGUUCGCGGUUAGUGUGUUCGAUGCUUUGGCUAGAAGAAGAAGACAGAAGCUGGAGAAGAUAACGAGAGAUGAACUUCACGAUUUCUGGUUACAGAUAUCUGAUCAAAGCUUCGACGCGCGUCUUCAAAUCUUCUUCGAUAUGGUUGACAGCAAUGAAGACGGGAGGAUCACUAGUCAAGAAAUCAAAGAACUUCUAAUGCUAAGCGCAUCAGCAAACAAGUUAGCAAAACUCAAGGAACAAGCAGAAGAGUACGCAUCUCUGAUCAUGGAAGAACUCGAUCCAGAGAAUCUUGGAUACAUUGAGUUAUGGCAACUCGAGACACUCUUACUUCAGAGAGACGCAUACAUGAACUACAGUAGACCGCUUAGCACGACAAGCGUUGGAAUGAGUGGAAUGAGUUCACCAAGACGGAAUCUCAUUAGACCUCGUCAUGUGGUUCGAAAAUGUAGACAAACGCUUCAGUGUUUGGUUCUAGAUAACUGGCAACGAAUAUGGGUUCUGUUAUUAUGGGUCAUUCUUAUGGCCCUUCUCUUCGUCUGGAAGUUUUUUCAGUACAGAGACAAAGCUGCGUUUAAAGUCAUGGGUUAUUGUUUAACCACUGCUAAAGGAGCUGCAGAGACUCUCAAGCUCAACAUGGCUCUUGUUCUGUUACCUGUUUGUAGAAACACCUUGACUUGGCUGAGAUCUACACGCGCUCGAGCUUUUGUUCCUUUUGAUGAUAACAUCAACUUCCAUAAGAUUAUUGCUUGUGCCAUAGUGAUUGCGAUACUUGUUCAUGCUGGUACUCAUUUGGCGUGUGAUUUUCCACGGAUUAUAAAUUCGAGUCCAGCAGAUUUUGCAUUGAUCGCUUCUUACUUCCAUGGUGUUAAGCCCACAUUCAAAGACCUGAUGACAGGUGCAGAAGGAAUCACUGGGAUCUCUAUGGUGAUCUUGACAACCAUCGCCUUCACAUUAGCAUCAACUCAUUUCAGGAGAAACCGUGUGAGGCUACCUGCACCACUUGAUCGGUUAACUGGCUUUAACGCCUUUUGGUACACUCAUCACCUUCUAGUGGUUGUCUACAUAAUGCUCAUUGUGCAUGGGACCUUCCUAUUCUUUGCUGAUAAGUGGUAUCAAAAAACUACUUGGAUGUACAUCUCGGUUCCUCUGGUGGUCUACGUGGCAGAACGAAGUCUGCGAGCUUGUAGGUCCAACCAUUACUCUGUCAAAAUCCUCAAGGUUUCUAUGUUACCUGGGGAAGUACUCAGCUUAAUCAUGUCAAAGCCUCCUGGAUUUAAGUACAAGAGUGGUCAAUACAUAUUCUUGCAGUGUCCAACAAUCUCUAGAUUUGAAUGGCAUCCGUUUUCUAUUACCUCUGCGCCAGGAGAUGACCAACUUAGUGUUCACAUUCGAACACUCGGAGACUGGACAGAGGAGCUACAACGAGUUCUAACAGUGGGUAAAGAUCUUUCAACAUGCGUGAUUGGCCGAUCGAAAUUCUCUGCCUAUGGCAAUACUGAUUCAUCACAACAACCAAAACUAUUAGUAGAUGGUCCAUAUGGAGCCCCAGCACAGGACUACAAAAGUUAUGAUGUCUUGCUCCUAAUUGGAUUGGGGAUAGGAGCUACUCCUUUCAUAAGCAUACUCAAGGAUCUACUGAACAACUCAAGAGAAGAACAAACAGACAAUGAAUUCAGCAAAUCAGAUUUCAGCUGGAAUAGCAAUACAUCUUCGUUUACCACAGUAACUCCAAGUUCAACACAAGGAGGGAAAAAGAAAGCAGUGAAGGCUCACUUCUACUGGGUCACAAGGGAGCCUGGAUCCGUUGAAUGGUUUAGAGGUGUAAUGGAGGAAAUAUCAGACAUGGACUGCAGAGAGCAAAUUGAGUUGCACAACUACCUUACUAGCGUAUAUGAUGAAGGAGAUGCAAGAUCAACUCUGAUAAAGAUGGUCCAGGCUUUGAACCAUGCCAAACAUGGAGUUGAUAUUCUAUCCGGGACACGGGUGAGAACACAUUUUGCAAGGCCAAACUGGAAGGAAGUCUUCAGUAGCAUAGCAAGAAAGCAUCCAAAUUCAACAGUCGGAGUGUUUUACUGCGGCAUACCAACCGUGGCAAAGGAGUUGAAGAAGCAAGCACAAGAAAUAAGUCAGAAAACAAGCACACGGUUCGAGUUUCAUAAAGAGCAUUUCUAAUUGAUGUCAGCUACGAUCAUCACUUUCCUUUUUGAGUGAGAGCUUAAAAAUCAAGCAAGCCAGUUUCAAAAAAAAUAAAAAAAAAUCAAGCCAGCCAUUAUUUUUUCUUUUCUUCUCAUGCUAACUUCACAGUCACUUAGCAAAAUAGAUUACAUUCACUAUGUCGCAUGGAAACAUUGUCCUGCAUGUUUGUAUAGACCGGCCUAAA